CAUGAUACCACGAUAUUUUUGGAGUUUGCACCGCCCGUUUUCAUUCCCUUAAAAGAGAGGAGGCGUAGAGAUAUUCCUUUCAACUCGUUACUGCUCCUCUUUCUUAUCCGUAAACUUCUCUUAGCAAAAAUGAUGCCGCCAAAUACGAUUACUAUGCGUAGGAGCAAAUGUACUCUUCUUCUACUUGCCCUGCUCGUGGCAGCGAGUAUGCAAGGCGCAUAUGCCCACAUGUCUAUGAUUUACCCGCUCGCCAGAGGACUUCCCAUUAAUCCCUACACUACAGCUCCUGAUUACAACUGCCGCGAUGCACCGCUGUACGACGGCUGCGGAGGCGGUACCGGCAAGACGUUCCCCUGCGGCGGCUAUCCGCCUGACAAACAAGUCGUCCAAAGCUUUGAAGCUGGUCAGAUGAUCAAUGUAACCUUUGGCAACGCCGCGUAUGGCUCUCCAGGAGAACCAGCCCUCACGCCGACAUCAGACCAAGCGCGACAUUCAGGUGGACUGUGUGAGUUCAGCUUGAGUUAUGAUCAGGGUGGGACGUUUGGUGUCUUUGCACGGUACCAUGUCUCCUGCCCCGACAUGUUUUAUAACUGGACUAUCAAGUUACCUGAUAAUCUGCCUGCCUGUGAUAACUGUAUCCUUGGGUGGAGCUGGAUUGGUGCGGUUGGAGCGCGCCCAGAAUAUUACAUGGGCUGUGCGGAUAUCAAGAUUGUGAGCACUCUUAAUGGUUCGCUGCCUCCCGAGCUCGCCAGCACGCCACUUCGAAUGGCCAACAUGCCUGGGUAUCCUUAUUACUUUGCUCCUGGAGAUAAGUUUGGGAAUUUGAGGGGCAAUGGGCCCAAUUCUUCGGAGCUGGCCGCCAAUAUGAGGGGCGCAACCGGUGGACCGGACACUCAUCCAUUCCCACCCGGUGGACCGGACCCUCAGCCAAUGCUUACCAAGAGAAAGAAAGGCAAAGGCACGCGCAGAAUGCUGUAGGGAUAGCUUUUUUUUUCUGCAAAGCCACUUUUCCCACUUUAAAUUCAGAUCGAGACCA